AUGGUUGAAAGCAAAUAUGGCCCAGAAACCACGCACGAUGAGAAGGUUCGGCGUCGCCUGCAGGUCGUGUAUGCGCGACAAACUCGUGAGAAACAAAUUUUCAUGGAAGAGUUGAAGGAAUAUCGGAGACGCAAAGAUAAACAAAGGCUGCAGAGCAUUAUAGUUGCUAUUGGGCCCAGAUGGUAUCAAGCGCUAAGUGUGCCGCAGAGAAAAGCUUUGGACUCUUUAAAAGAUUCAAUUUAUCAAGAUAUAUUGGAAGGACGUCCCGAACGGUCGUCUGUUGUGAUGCAUAAGCUCGGAUUGUUUCCUCGUCCAAGCACUGCAGAACUAAUGAGUUGUCUUUAUGCGGGUCGUAAUGACCCAAAAGAAAUGUUGGCGCAAUUAUAUCUGUCAACUUACGGUUAUCCUAUUGAGGGAAAACGUACUUCGUACUGUUUGAACGCAAGACUUAUGUUGUCCGCCAUAUUUUACUUGGGGUUGAAUAACUUGUUAGUGUUACUUCGGAAAACAUUUGCUCCGGAUGAAACUAUAUCGGAACCUCCACCUAAACCAAAACCGAAGGCAAAGCCUCCGCUUCCAUCUCCAUACCUAUCAAAGAUGGUUGCAAAGUUAUAUGUGCCGCCCCAAAUCCGCCGUAAACCACCUUUGCCUUUGCCAGAUUUAAGUGAACUCAAUGAGCCGUUUGAAGAAGAGCCGAUUAUGCAAAAACCUCCUCCACCGCCACCUCCCCCACCACCACCGAAAAAAAGAUUACCAAAGGCUUACUGCGAUCAACUAGCAGGGAUCGUUGACAUUACAACCAACGCUUCCGACGCCAUGAAUUUGGCUAAUCAACCAAAAAAGCCAACGCGAAAUGCAGCGCGUAAAUUGAAGAACUCGAAAACAAGUCUGGUAGACACUAAUAGUAAAUUGAAAUCAUUUACUUUACAAAAUACUAAUCAGACUCAAAAGAAAAAGUUGCGCCGAAAAAAAUUAGUGCCUCCAACGACUGGCUUGCACAAUGUGCAAUAUAUGAUAAAUGGGGUAUAUCAACUUCAUGGUAAGACAUGCUAUGUUCUAGGCAGUGUUACACUCUUGCCUGCAGAGGGUGAAUUCAUCCACGGAGGUUACACCGCUGUUAAUGGACAAUAUAUCACAUUACAUUGUGGUUUUCGUGGAUGGCCGCCGGCGAGAAAAACUAUCCCCUGUGAUUGUUUAAAGAAGUGGCAUGACACAGUCUUUCAAUAUGUCAAAGAUCACAAAUGCCACUGCGGUCAUUACUACGAUUAUGGAAAUGAAGGUGCCUUCCCUCCAGAUCAACUCACUUAUUUUGAUAAACCUACACGCCAUGCUCCAUUCCGAUUUAACUACGAAAGAAUAUACGAUUUAGAUCCAAAACGAUUAUAUAUAGAAAAGGAGUUUAAUAAAGUUUGGGAAACAGAUAGUAUGUUAAAUGUGAACGAUGGAACGGCUCCUGCAAUAAUUGAUAAAAAGAAAAAAAAGAAAAAAUCUCCCGACAAUGUUUCCAAAAAGCCUACAGAAACAGACAAUACAUUAACCGACGAGAAAAAGCAAGCACCCGGUGAUGAUGAAGAUAAACUUAAUAGAAAGAUUAAAAUAUCUACAACAGAUACAGUCCAAAAGACGAUUUCGAUAGCAGAAGAUGUCAAAAAAACGAGAAUAGUGGGUACAGUUGAUGGAAGGAGAGAGUCCAAGAUGGAUCCAGAAACUCUAAAAAAAUUCAGAAAAUCUGCAAGAAAAGCUUCAAAGAAAACUUUGGCUUCAGACGGCGGCACUAGUAAAAGAAGCAAAUCGGCUAAUUGGAAAGCAUCGAAUACUUGUUUAGGAUUAAAUCCAAAGCCUCAGGACUACCUGAAAUGCGCAUUACGACAAAUGCGGAAAAUGAAUGUCGCGGCGCGUCUGCCUGAUUUGCAUUUAGUGCCUGAACUUAAGGAAUGGAUGAGACGAAGACUCUACGGGAGUCUUACAGUGCAAGAAAAGAAGGAAUACCUACGUAAGAGUACCACGUAUUGGCGAAUGUUCACAACGCUAGCAGAAAAAGGGUUUGGCCAUGUAGCAACACCUAAAGAACCCAUGUACCUGGGCCAUACUACUUGGUACCAUAAACAAAAUCUAAAUGAUAAUUUUAGACACUACACACAAAGGUACAAAUUAUCGAUGUUCAGAUCCCAUGCUUACGUCACUAACUUACUAUGGAGAACGAUGUAUCAAGCGGAAUUUCCCGACAAGAAUUUUCGAGAAAUAUAUUUUUCAUAUUUGUUUAGUAGAAUAGAAGAUCUACAACUGAUACACCCUUACUGUUCAAGGGAGUCAGAAGAAAGAAAAUUACUAAUGGCGAAAAAGCGAUAUAUUUGUUUACCAGCCGGGUACGAACCGAAACAGAUGUGA